AUGUAUGCUUAUAUCGAAUUAUCGAAUAUAGCACGAACCGAUUCUAUCAUUCAAUCAUUAUCAUGGAUGCAUUAUUUGCCUACAUUAUCAGCAUCAUUAAAUGUUUCUAAUGAUGAAAAUAAUACAAAUCAUAAUGAUAAUGAUAAUGAUGAUGAUAAUAAUCGAUCAAUUCCAUCAUCAACAACAACACCAACUCAACAAUCAAUUAAUUUAUAUGAUGGAUGGUUAGCAACAGGUAAUACAAAUCAUAUUGUUAGUGUAACAUAUACAUCAAUAAGAUCUGAUGAAAAUUUAUCUAUACCGGAUCGUACAAAUUUUAAUUUACGUGCACAUCGUACAGAAGUUCGUCUUGUUUCAUGGAAUGUACCAUUUCAAAAAUUAGCAACUGUUGAUGAAAAAGGUGUUAUUUUUGUAUGGGUAAAACAUGAUAAUCGAUGGUCAUUAGAAUUAAUUAACGAUCGUAGUCAUCCUGUUAUUGAUAUGGCAUGGUCACAUGAUGGACGUAUGACUGUUAUUUGUUAUGAAGAUGGUUUUGUUCUUGUGGGUUCUGUUACUGGACAACGUUAUUGGUCAACAGUUGUUAAUACAGCACAAGCUAAAAUUUCGGCUGUGACAUGGAUGCCUGAUGUUUCACAUGUUAUUCUUGGUACAACAGCAGGAAAUUUAAUAUUAAUGGAUCAUCAUGGUAAUACAACUGAUGGUUUUCAAUUAUCAACACAAUCAAUAACACAAUUACUUUAUUCAUGCAAUAAAUUCUAUCCCGAAGCACCUGAUAAUAAUGCAUUGAAAUUUGUUAAUGAUGAUUAUGUUCUUGCUUGUAGUCUUGAUAAUGGUCAUGUACUUUUUCUUAAUAAUUAUCAAGAUCAAUCGCCAAUAUCUGUUGAUACUGAACUUCGAAAUAUUAAAAUGGAUUGGUCAUCAUUUGGUGAAAUUCUUGCUGUAGGAGGUCAUACAUGUUCAACUGAUUCAAUCUAUAACAAUCAAAUUAUAUUUUAUACUCGUCGUGGAGAAUUUUUACAUCGUAUUCAUAUUCCACAGACGACACAACCAUUAUCUGCUUUAUGUUGGGCACAUGGCAAUGAACGAAUAUUUGCUGCAUGUGGUUCAUAUGUUUAUACAAUAUGGAUAAUACAUAAAUCUCUCCCAUCUAUGUUAACAUUAUGUCAGAUGAAAAUAAAAGAAUAUCUAUUAAAUAAUUCUUUACAAAAUCUUGAUAAAUUAUUUUUACCAACUAAUCUUAAACAAAAUCUUCAAAAUUUUUAUCGUUCAACAAUAAAAGGUUUUUUACCUGAACAAAAAACUUUACGUUCAUUUGUAUGUAAUCCAUUAAAAUCUCAUCUUCGUUUACAAUGUACAAUGAAACGUAUUGAUAAUGAAACAGAAAAUUCCACAACUAUGCCAGCAACAACAAAUUUAUCUGGAGCAACUUAUGUUUUAUAUUUAGAAUAUCUUGGUGGUCUUAUACCAUUGUUAACAGCUAAACGUAUAUCAAAAAUUUGUCCAGAUUUUAUUAUAUUUGAUCCACAAAUGAAAACAAAUCAUUUAUCAUUAUCAUUAUCAUCAUCAAAAAUGUCUUCUCAAAAAAUACAUUUAUCUUCAGUUCAAUCACGUUCAAAUACAUUUCAUAAUAUGUCAAUUGUACAACAACAACAACAAAUAAAAUUAUUAAAUAAUAAUCGUUCAAGUUUAAUUACAAAUAGAAAUUCAAUAUAUGUUGUUGAUAAUAAUAUUAACAAUAAUGGUGAUGAUUUACUAACAAAUCGAAGUAGUUCAGGUUGUAGUUCAGAUAAUGAUUCUGAAUUAGAAGAAGAACUCAAACAAUAUGAUGAUGUUAGAAAUAAUUUACAUGAAAAAUCUUCAAAAAAAACAACAAUGAAAAAAUUUCUUAAACAUAAACAUAAUAACAAAUUAUGUACAAUAGCGGCAAACAUUUGGGGCACACGUUUUAAAUUCUAUGGACAUUCAAAUUGUUUACCAGAAAUUUUAGGGAGUGUUACAUAUAAAACAUCAUUUUUACAUUUACAACCACGACAAAUGACUGUUACUGUUGCUAAUAAUUAUAAUACUCGAAAACAAAAACAAUCUUCUAAUGAAAGUAAAACUAAAAAAUUAAUUAAACCAAUUAUUCGUAAAGCAAAACAACAAAUACGUAAUAAAAUUGAUGAAGAAGAUGACGAUGAAACAUUAACAGCUCUUUCAUCAUCAAAAUUAAAUAUAGCUGCAAAUAUUCCAAUAGCACCAAUGUCUCCUCAAUUACAAAAUACACAUUCAUCUAUACUUCGAUCACAACAACAACAACAACAGCAACCUUCAUUAUUUAUAAAUGAAUCAAAAUAUUCAAGUCAGGUUAAAAAAUUUAUACAUACGUCAUCAAAUUUAUCAGCACAUCGUUCACAAUGUACGUCAAUGACUACAACUGCCAUGACAAAUCAUUAUCAUCGUCAUCCACAAACAAAUGCUGAUUCAUCAACAGCUAAUUCUUCAUCAACAUCACCAAUUAAUUUAAGUCGUUCAACAUCACCAGCAGCAUCAAUAGCAAAUUUUAUUCGUCCUAUAUCACCGCCAUGUAUUCAAGUUAAAGAACCAUUAUCACCAAAAUUUAUUCGAACAUGUUCGAGUACAAUAACAAAUAAUUCAACACAUUAUCGUCAUCGUUCACCACCAAUAACUGUUCCAUCAAUAGCAAAUAAUAUUGAUGCAUCAACAGCAAGUGCAACAACAACAUUACUUAUUGAUGAUUCAUCCGGUUAUGAUAGUAGUGAAAAUCAGAAUAAUCAAACAACUAUGGCAGGUGGUAUGAUUGCUGUUCCUAGUGCUUCAAUUAUUUCAACUGUACCAGAAAGUUGUUUUGAACCAGAAACAUAUAGAAAUUUAUAUUCAUUUAAUAGUAAUCAACAAAAAAAAUUAAGUUUAAGUGAUCCAGCAUUAAAUCAAACAACAAAACUUUCAUAUAGUUGUCAACAACAACAAGCAACAACAACAACAACGACAACAACAGAUAAUUCAUAUUUAUCUGCAUCAUCUUUACAAAAACAACUAUCAAAUGAAGAUCAUAAUAUUCAAACAGACAAUGAAAGUGAAAAGCUAAAUUCAUAUGAAGAUAGUUCCCCAAAAGAAAAAUUAAAAACUAACAGAAAUACUUUCCGUAAACGAUAUUCAAGUUCUCGACAUCGGAUGAUGACAUGUACAAGUGGAACAAAUGAUUCAUUAACAAGAUUAUCACCGUCCUCAGACUUAGAACAAUUAAUAAAUCCUGCGGAUAAUCAAAAUGAUCCAUCAUUUUAUGUGAUGCAAAAUCGACCACCUUUAUGGAACGAACAAUCACAAGUAUAUCAAUUAGAUUUUGGUGGUCGUGUCACACUUGAAUCGGCAAAAAAUUUUCAAAUUGAAUUUAAAGGAAAACAGGUUAUUCAAUUUGGUCGUAUUGAAAAUAAUUGUUAUACACUGGAUUUUGAAUGGCCAUUUUCACCUUUACAAGCAUUCGCUGUUGCUCUUGCGAAUAUAACUCAACGACUUAAAUAA